GUUUGAAUGAGAAACUUAACAGAAAGUCAGCAGAGUGUAGUUCGUCACUUGAGCAUCGCACUGGGUUCCUUGUCCAUGGCGAUAUCCCUGUUUGUUAUAGUCUUCCAUCUUUUGCGUAGAAGAACUAGUGUUACUGGUGGUAAAAGAAGAAUCGAUGAACCAGUUCUAUGGUUGAGUUUCGCUUGCUUCUUUGCUCCUCUUUUUAAUAUGCAUCUCGGCUCUUUUGGAGACAGUUUUUGUAGUAUAGAGGCUGCUGGAAAUCAAUUUUUCUACCUCUCGAGUUUCGUUUGGGUAACCUGUAUUGCUCACCAACUUUACACGGUAUUUGUUAGAAACAAUUCAAGAGCAAGCAGAAAGCACUCUCUUAUCUACCAUGGUUUGGGUUGGGGAUUUCCUGCUGUUACAGUUAUUAUUCUGCUAUUAUCUGGGAAAUUUGACAAUUCAGCUUCGGAGAAUAGCUAUGAAUGGUGCUGGAUAACUGAGAAUUCUUGGAAAUUUGCGUUGUUUUAUGUUCCACUAUUCAUCCUGCUAGCUAUCAACGUAGUUGUUUACGUUGUCAUCGUAAUUAUCGUUUACAAACGUUAUCGUAGUAUGCUAGGUCUUAGGAAAUCUUUUUAUCCUGCAGCUACAACUCGUUCAACAUUUGCAAGGCAAACCAUUUUUUGGGCCCUUCGAGUUAGUUUAUAUUUGAUGGUUUUUAUUGUCACCAGAAUUGGAAGUCUGAUUAAUCGCUUUUAUGAACUAACACAUCAAGGAUAUUCGCCAUUUGGUCUCAUGGUGCUUCAUGCAGUGACCCAGAGCUUACAAGGAUUUCUAUUUGGACUUAUUUACAUCUAUCACGAAAGAGCUCUUGGAGAGGUUAUUCUACUGGUUAGGCGAAAAUGGAGUCACAGAAGUGAUGGUCGGAACGAUACUUUCAUGACAUUAGAAAAGAGAGGACUCGCCAAUUUUUCAAGAUUUGAUGAAUUAGAAGAGGAAGAGGAGGAGGACGCGGAGUCACAGAAUUUCUCAUUAGCAGGUUAAUGACUACCUUGUUGUAUCUGACGUUCUUGGUUGAUUUGAGAGUUCGAGUCUAACUGUGCAAGUUUAAAAUGUUGAGUCGGAUGCGGGAUUGUUAGGAAGACCUACGUAUCUUCAGUUUGGCUUUGAUAAUAAUUCGAUACGAUGAAACUGAAGCAAAUUCAACGAGAUAGCAAUCCUAUUUCAGUACAUUCUUAUUUUUCCAAUCUUGUAGAAUAUUUGAUUUUGGCGUGGUUUUCUUGGUUGACCACAUGUUACUUUUGAGCGUUUGUAGCAAUACCCUUGCUUUGGAAAGGAUCAGUUGUAGACAUGGAGCUCAAAGAGAAGUUGACAGCGUUGUCAUGAGAGCUUGGGAAUCUGUUCACUCUGCGUGAUAUGGUUUAGUGAAAAGUAAAGGCAUUAUGUUUGAAAGUGAAGUAUUGUUGAAUUAUGUUGGAAGCCUUUGAACAUUGUGCGAGAAAAACGUUUUAGCUCUAGUUGAAAGCGAUUCACUGUCACUUUCAAAGUGCAUUUUCCUUAAUUUAGUUCAACACGAAAGAAGAAACAUGAAGUUGUCAAAUGGAAAUGAUUGUGUAUUCAUGACUGUUUCCUGUCCAUUCUUUGAGACUUAUCGAUUAUUCGAAAACUGGGACGCAAGAAAGUGUGAUAAAGAAGGACUUUAGCUCCUAGAAGAAAGGAAUUUACUAACAA